AUGUGCACGGGGAAGUGUUCAAAGUGCAUUGGGAUCACCCUCUUCCCACUGGCAAUAUGUGCCAUUGUCUCCAACAUUCUCCUGUACUUCCCCAAUGGACAAGUACUGCAGCUCAGCGAGAUAACUGAUUUAGUUUGGUUUUUCCACGGCAUUCUGGGAGCUGGGAUACUGGUUAUUUUGCCGGCAUUCAUGAUGCUGGGAGCAGGUGGAGCAGGAUGUUGCGCUAACAGGUGUGGGGCCUACUGCCUUCUCCCUGCUCCAGGUUAUCCCCUGGCUCUAUGGCAGAGUUGUGAACAACCACGAGCAGUGAUUCUUAACAAGACUAUUGAGAAGCCUGUCCCAGAUGCACCACCAGAUUUUUGUUUCUAUAGACAAACAGCAACCGGAUACAUCCCAUUCAUUACUAGAAAACUACCCAAUGGAGUAAAGAUGCUGCUGUCAGUGAUCCUGUCUGUGAUGGGAUUUGCAGGAGGAGCAUAUUGUGUGGUCAUCUCUUUGUUGGGGCUGAUUGGGGGUCCUCUGUGUGACACAGGUGAUGGAGAAUACCUCUACCCUUUCAGGAAUGACACUCUGGAAGACAAUUAUUUGUUUAACCAGACAACAUGGAGUAUUUGCAAACAACCUGAAAACAUCAUCCUUUGGAAUAUUGUCCUUUUCUCUAUUCUCCUGGUCAUCGGUGUGAUUGAAGCUAUUCUUUGUUUCAUUCAAGUCAUCAAUGGACUCACUGGCUUCAUAUGUGGCACAUGUAUGAGGAGAAGAAAGACAAAUAUUUCUGGAAUGUGA